AUGGCUGAGAAGAGAACGACAGUCGGAGAAGAAGAUGAGAAGAUGAAGACGAAGACGAAGAUGAAGCGAGAAGAAGAAAGUCUCAGAAGUGAAGCUGAGAAGUUGACGAAGUUGAAGCAGAAGAAGAAGAAGAAGAAGAAGAAGAAGAGGUUGACAUUAAAGACAUAG